GUAAGGUUCAAGGUCGUUCAUCAUGGCGGCUGUCAACAAGGGCAGUAUUAAGAUUGCCCCAGAUGCUGUUGUUUGUGAUGAAUGUACUUUGGUAGGAGAUAUAACCAUUGGUUCAAGAACUGUUAUUCACCCUAAAUCUAAGAUAAUAGCUGAAGCAGGACCUAUUGUCAUUGGAGAUUUUAAUAUCAUUGAAGAGUUAGCAGAAAUCAGAAACAGGUCGCCCAAUAUAAAUGAACAACAAACUAAUAAAGGCCAAGUUCUGAUAGUUGGAAAUAAUAAUGUGGUUGAAGUUGGUGCCAUUGUUGAUUCAUUGAAGAUAGGAGAUCAUAAUAUUAUAGAAUCCAGAGCGUAUGUAGGUAAUAAUGUAGAAGUAAGUAAUGGAUGUAUUAUUGGUGCUAUGUGUAAUGUUACUAGUAAUGAAGUACUAUCAGAAAAUACUGUAAUAUAUGGUAGUAAAUGUGAAAGGAGAUUCCAAAGAGAACGACCACCAGCUCAAGGUCUACAAAUAGAUUUUUUAUCUAAAAUAUUACCAAAUUAUCAUUAUCUCCGAAAACCACCCAAGUCUGCAAAAGCAUAGUCAGAGAACUGUGAAACAUGGUUGUUCAAUAUGGAAACUGUAACAGAAUUAUCCAGGCUGAAGGGUCCUCUCUUGUCUUUAUUUAUUAAAUUUAACACUCUAAUAUGAAAUGUCAUAUCUUUCUUUCAUCAUGUGGAAAAUAUCUUUAACACUCCAUGCUUAAUACAUAUAAAUUUUAACUGCCAUAAUUCAUUAUUUCUGGUUCUGAAUUUUAUUGAACUUGGUCCCAAAACCAGUCAUAUGAGUCAAUAUUUAAAAAAAAAAGGGGGGGUUAUGUUCCUUUGAAAAUAUUCCACAAAAUUCUACAUUAUAUCAUGCUAUCAUGCCUUUCAUUCAACUAGUCCAAGAUAAAUCUUUAUCUUUUUCUCUGUAACAAGAACAAGUUCAGAUGAAUCUCAGUUUGUCAUUGUUUAACUAGCACCCAUUUUGAGAGUGACUGAGAGCAGCAUGAGAUUGAUGAGAGAUUAGAAGUGUUCAGUACAACAGUUGCCUAACCAAAUUGGCAUUACAAUAGUUUUCAAUAUAAAUUAAGUUAAUGCUUUAGCUGAACAGGAUCAAGGUCAUUAAAUAUAUCAAACUUUCAAAUCAGUACAAUGUGUUUGCUUCAUUGAGUGGUGUAAUGGCUAGAUUUUUAGAAUGGAUCAGUUAUUUUGUCAUUAUUUUGUCAUUAUUAUGCUUUCGAGGUUGUUCACUAUCAAUUAUGUUUCAAUGUACAGUGCAGUAGAAAAUGAAGGACGAGAAAACACUAUCAGAUGUCAUGUGUGGUAUUCACUUCUUUUCUUUUGUACUGUAUUGAUAAUCUUGCAUCAUAUACCACAUUGGACACCCUGCUUUCUUGUCAUCUGGUGUUGGUUAACUGUGAAUUUAUUAUGACAUGAAUAAAAAUUUGAAACUCUU